AUGUCUAGGUUUGCAAACAUACUGAAAACCCUCAGUCUACCGAAACAUCUAUAUGGCUACUCAGUAAUAGGAUUGAAUGAGUCCAGCUCCAAGAUCGUGUCUAAGCUGAAUUUGAACUACCAGAAUCCUCUGAUAGUGGAUCUCUAUAGUGGGGUCAAUGGCUUUGCAUUUGCACUACACGAACAUUUGAAGCCGAGAAAACACAUCUUGAUGGAAGAUCAUGCAAAGUCCAACGAAUACCUCUCUCAGGUUUUGGAGAAACUCACCCCUGAGGAAAGGGACAAGUUCGUUCUUUCCAAGCUAAGUUCGUUCAACUGGUCAGCAUACACUCAGUUGGAAGGGGAGGGUAUAAUAGACCCGGAUUUUGUUUCUCGAAACCAGAUUCAUCCGUCUUUUUUGAUCCAUGGAAACUUGUGCUAUCCGCGGGGUGAAGCGCUACUAAUGCAGUUCUAUACUUGUUUGCAAGAUAGGAACUGGCUCCAGAAAUACGGUAGGGUACGGAUGCUAUUUUGGACUACAGACGAUACAGCUGCUAAGGUGAUACCCAAGUUAAAGAAGAAGAGGAUGGGGUUCAUUGCAGAGAAGUUCUCAACCACUAAACUCAUAGCCAUGUCUGAUAAGUCCAAAACCAAAGAUGACGAUGCAGUGUUGUUUGAGCACCCAGAGCCUCUUUGUCUGAUUCAGGUGGAGCCCAAGAACGUUGAGACCAGAGUAGCUGAGUUCAACAUUGUGUCCAAGAAACUGUGCAAUUUUGGCAAUUCUCCGGUGAGAAAUGCGAUAUCUACAUUGGGUGCGGGUGCACCAGCAUAUUUCGGAGAGACGGUUCCGGAGCGAAUUCUCGAUAACAAAGUGAUUGAUCUAACUCUAGAGGAACUUGACGUGAUUGUGGAGGCAUAUUGGAGAUGGCCGUUCAAGCCCAUGGAGGGUGUUCAGUAUAUGGAUAGUUCUGCAAGUUUCUAUGACUGA